UAAAACACGUGAAUCCCACGAGCCAAAUUCUUCUGCCAGUAACGACCGGCGGGAUACUUCGACGGCUCAGCCGACUCCCAGUGGAAACUUGCUUCUAAACCAAGGCGGAUACCCCCCAACUAUAUCUAUUUUUCCGUCCUCCGGUCCCCGAUCGAAACCCUAGAUUCCCGUACAUGGAGAACGGCGAUGCGAACGGGAAGCCGAAGAGAGCGGUGGGUCGUCUCUGCUCUAUCUGUAACCAGAAGAAGCCCGCGCUCAAGAGACCCAAAACCCUAGAGCAGAUAUGUAGGGAAUGCUUUUACAGUGUCUUUGAGGAGGAGAUUCAUAAUGUUAUUGUGGAUAAUCAUUUAUUUAAACCUGGUGAGCGCAUUGCAGUUGCAGCUUCUGGAGGGAAAGAUUCAACUGUUCUUGCUUAUGUGUUGUCAGAGCUAAAUCGUCGGCACAAUUAUGGCCUGGAUCUCUUCCUUUUAUCUGUUGAUGAAGGCAUUACAGGUUACCGGGAUGACUCACUUGAAACUGUCAAAAGAAAUGAAGUUCAGUAUGGGUUGCCACUGAAAGUGGUUUCAUACAAGGAUUUAUACAGUUGGACAAUGGAUGAAAUAGUGAAGACAAUAGGAUUGAAAAACAAUUGCACAUUUUGCGGUGUUUUUCGCCGUCAGGCCCUAGAUAGAGGUGCUGCACUAAUGAGAGCGGACAAGCUUGUUACUGGGCAUAAUGCAGAUGAUAUGGCAGAGACUGUUCUCUUAAAUAUUUUACGGGGUGACAUUGCAAGGUUGAGUAGAUGUACUUUUAUAAUUACUGGUGAAGAUGGACCCAUUCCAAGAUGCAAGCCUUUCAAAUACACCUAUGAGAAGGAAAUUGUCAUGUAUGCAUACUUCAAAAAGCUGGACUACUUCUCCACGGAAUGCAUUUAUUCUCCUAAUGCAUAUCGUGGGUUUGCUCGUGAAUUUAUUAAAGAUCUCGAAAGGAUUAGGCCACAAGCUAUACUUGAUAUCAUAAGGUCAGGAGAGAACUUCAGGAUAUCUACAUCAACAAAGAUGCCAGAGCAAGGAACAUGCGAACGGUGUGGUUAUAUUUCUAGCCAGAAAUUGUGUAAAGCAUGCCUCUUGCUGGAGGGGUUGAAUCGGGGUUUGCCAAAACUGGGUAUUGGAAGAAGUAGAGGGCUCAACAGUGCGAAGGAGGAUGGGGAACAAAGAAUGUUACGUUCAGAAGUGAAAGGAUCAAACUUACAGAGCAAACAAUGUGGAACCCUUGAUUUCUAAUUAUCUGCGGAGAAUUCUUUCUGAACUACUGAAUAUUGCUCAUGUUCAAUGUAGUGCUAAUAUCUUGCUUGCGUUUGCUUUUAAAGUUGUAUCACAUCAAGGAGUGCCCCACUUGUAUUCUAUAAAAAUCUUCAGCAAUAUCAUGAAAUCUUAAUUUAUACAUGCAAAA